AUGAACUAUAACAGUGAUACUCUAUGCUUCGUACAUAGAGUUGAGUUUCGCUGCGUCAAAAAACACACAAAUAGAAAUACUAGAAAAAUCCCAUGUAGACUUACUCCUCCAUAUCAUCCUCCUAUACUAUUUCGUCCGCGUGCAGCACUAUCCAUCAUGUUGGCCAAAUUAAUCCAGCUCGUCUUUGUGUCGGUUGCAAUAGCAGCCACCAUUGAAUCCUCCGUCAUCAAUCGUCUCCUCGAGCUCGACCUUGGUCUCAAGGGAGCAUACGUCCUUUUAGACAGGAUCGACGAGGAAUCCGCAAAUAUCACCGCCUCUGAUGUCAGCGUUACCUACAACGCCAUCGUAGCCCCAGGCACAAAUUCAAUCCAGCAGCCAUUUUCCAGUCCCUGUGCUGAAGCGAUUCAGUUCACCAUAUGCGAGGCGUACCACAUGUUUGCUAUAACUAGUAUCGAAUUAUACAGUGACCUCACCGACGACGCUUCGAAGUUCGAUAAUGACCUACGGAGGGGCCUGCAGGAAGGGUUCGACCGUAUCCAUAAUGAGAAUGCGUUCUUUGUGGAACACGUUGCUCCCGAUGGGGUUCCCCUUUGUCUCGAGAGCAUCCAGUGGGAUUGUUGGGCUAUGAACAAGGCCUUCUGGAUGGCGUGCAAGGCGCUCACCCCCAAUGCUGCGUAG